UAUUGUUCUUGUCUAGAAGUGCUUCCACCUGGACCUGUGAAUGGUACAUUGGGAGGAAAUGUGAUUUUCAAAACCACCAUCAAUCCAACCACACUUAGUGCAGUCUCUUGGACAUUUGGUGAUCCCCCUGUCACCAUUGUUGACUUUCUCAGUUCUGAAGGUCCUGUGACCAGAGCGGGAUAUGUUGGUAGGAUCAGUCUGGACAAUAGCACUGGAUCUCUGGAGCUCAGGAAACUGACCCUGGCUGACAGAGGAGAAUACAGAGUGAUCAUAGGAGAGUCUGAUUUUAUGCAGUUGGCAGAUACUUCACUGAAUGUCUAUGGUGAGUACCCCCUGAGUUCCAAAAGAUGUCACUGAAUGAUAAAUGUGCAUUGAUAUUGUAUUGAGUUGUCAACUAAUGUGAAUAUAAUGUACUUCCAUCCAUAAAAACAAUAUAAAACAAAAAACACAAUGUGCUUGUUGAAAUGCAGUUACUCUAGUCUUUAAUGGUGCAGUUACAAUUUAUUUGAUGGAUAUCUCUUGACACUCAUACAUACAUGAUCCAUGGUCAGAAGCAGAGCUAGUGCGAGGGCCAUGGGUGUGACCACCAGGGUUGGGGUCAAUUACAUUUAGAUUCCAGUCAAUUCAAAAAGUGAACCAAACUCCAAUUCAAAUUUACAUUUACAUUUUUACUAAUUGAAAACCAUGGAAGAUAAUUGGAAUUGGAAAUUAAGUGUACUUCCUGAUUUUACUGGAAUUUAAAUGGAAUUGACCACAACCCUGGUGACCACCCCAGGGCCCACGCACCUAGGGGCCCCCUGUUCCUGCAUAUAAACAUUUAAUAAACGUUUUCAACGAUGAUGUACCAAAAAACAUUAUUUGACACUGUAAAAUAUGGCAAAUGUAUAUAUAGUACAAUAUAUUAUACGAUUUCAUUAAAUCCUGGAAUUGGUCUGAGCUGGUGUUGCUUAUUUUAUAAAGCAAUGUACAGCUGUCUGUCACUGUACCCCCUUGAGGGCCCCCCUGGCCUGGGACUGGCAGCUGCCUGGGCUGGUGGCUGGCUGCUGCUGGGAGGGACCAGGGUCUUCAAAAUUAUUAUUAAUUUAUGUAUUUAUUUAGUAUGGUUUGUUAGUUUAAAACUACUAAUAUUCUACUUCAUACAGCACCAAAACAACAUGAAAAUUAUUUUCCAGAAUACUAUUCUACAAGAAUAUUAAAUGAACACAGAUUGUUUAGCCAAGCCUUUUCAAUAUUCACAGUUAAUUUUUUUUAUCGUCUCACAGCCAAGAGGCUAUAGGCCAUUAUUGAACAUGCAGCUACUGUAAUGAAGCAGGCAACGUAUUAGGCGACAUCAUUUUCAAACAUUUUCCAAAAUGCAAUUAGCGGGAAAACAACAUUCUAAUAGGCAGCUGAUGCCAGCGGUUUCAUGUGACAGAGGUGAAAAUCUCUGUAAAAAAUGCAACAACUAUGUUAGAGUUGCAACUCUGUUAGAGAUGCAACAACUAGGAUUGGUUGUUAAUAUGACUAGACUCUUAGAAAAAAAGUGUCUAUCUAGAACCUAAAAGGGUUCUUCGGCUGUCCCUUAACUUUUUGUGUCAACUUUCUUUCGUUGUCCAGACGCCAAAGGCACAAUACUAUACUCUUAGAAAAAGGGUUCCAAAAGGGUUCUACGGCUGUCCCCAUAGGAUAACCCUUUUUGGUUCCAGGUAGAACCCUUUUGGGUUCCAUGUAGAAACCGUUCUACCUGGAACCAAAAAGGGUUCUCCUAUGGGGACAGCCAUAGAACCCUUUUGGAACCUUUUUCUAAGAGUAUAGGAUUGUGCCUUUGGCUUCUGGACAACGAAAGAAAGUUGACACAAAAAGUUAAAGAACAAGAGAGAAAUGCUGGUUUCAAUGGCAUAUGAGGAAUAUUUAUAAAAUAAAUCCCUAAACGUUUCUAUGGUCGGAUUUUGGCUAUAGGCUACUUUGAAGCAAGGUAAGACAUGCCUCAUAAUAGGCUAUGAAGUAAAACUCUGUUUUCACACGCGAUUGCAUGAAGAAAUGUUGCACAACUGACUGGGAUUAUAAGAACACAUGAUUAAUGAGCUGUGAGCUCUCGCUUCGCUCAAACUAGGCUCUGUAUGCGGUAUGCGGUAGCGCGUCAUAAAUAAGUUACAUGACGAAAUAACCUACUAACAGCCUAAUUAGAUUUUAUAAUGGGGCAUAUCAGCUAUUCAUUUUAAAAGAUUUGCUAAGGACUCCUCGAGAGCGCCCUGCCCCAUCUGUGCUGGUACUCGAGCUCCACGUCUGUCCAUGGUAAUGUAACAUGAACAUAUCUCAUAUUCUUUUUUCCAAACCACAAUAAUUAGUAUUAUCUCAUUUUGUACUCUUUUCACUGAAACAGUAUCUGGUGCUACUAUCACAUUUACCCCAAACCUACUAAUCAUCGAGGGGGGCUCUGUCACCUUAACCUGUGAUGCUGCUGGCUUCAACAUCACCAGAGAGUGGAUGAAGGAUGGUCAGCCUCUGUCUUCUGGUGACAAUAUCAUCUUAUCUGAGGAUAAGAGAGUGCUGUCCAUAAAGAAGAGAACAGACAGUGGAGAAUACCUGUGU